AUGACAAAUCCUGUAACAGUUGAGAAUGUAACAGUUGAGAGCGCCAUAAAUGCCAGGAUGUCGGUGUUCGAUCGGAUGGCGAAAGAGUUUAUGAACUGCAAAAGUAUCGUACUCGUAUUCUUGCAAGCAUGCAUUGCAAAUCUUUUUCUUCAGGUAAAUAAGCAUUGCAAAUUUUAUUUCUCAUGCUGAGGAAAUUUGUAUAAUGCAUUUAUACGAGUGCGAUACUUUUGCAGAGCAUAGAGCUAGACAAACCGCAGAAGAUCGUAUGAGAGUGCACAACUUCGACUUCCCCCUUGUUUGUCGUGCCACAUACUUAAGUAAGUACCCCAAGGAAGCAUUCUUUGCCCUUUCCCUUUGUCAGUGUUUGCAUGACAGCAUGUGGCAGCCGCCCAAUAAAAAUAGCACUGCAGGAGCACUACUUCUGGGUAAAUUUGUCAUUCAAAACCAGCACUCUUGCCGACGCUUGUAUUUUUGCUGUUCAUGCCCUACAAAAGAGGAGAUAACUGGGGACGAGUUGUGCACAACUCUCAUAACACGGGAAGUUUGUCGUGGAGAAUUUAGUCGAGGAGCUACAGACCAUGUGCGAGACGAUCAUGGUAUGCUCGUACUCAACAUCGAAGUCAUGCAAGACAAAUCUUUGUUCUGAGCUAAAUCAGCAUAAGAAAUUAUUACAUCCGCCAGGUCCUGACCACACUAGGCAAGAACUACGAGUUUUACUACCCACGUCGUGGAAAAUGCUGAAUUCAACUAUCGAUAGCGCCUUGAGUUGGAAAAUCAACAAAGUUUUCGCUUUUGUUUCCGGAAGGUGCUGGUCCGGAAAUUGAAAUGUUGAACAACUUAAAAACCGAUCCAGAAAUUCUCCAAAUAAUCGCAAAGAUCCUUCUACCUGGUACUUUUUCUGAGAGCAACAUCAUGUCGGUGGUAUCUAUUCGAAAUGGUUUUGUCAAUAGAAGGAUAUUGAAGCGCCGUCGGUACUAU